UCCUGCUAGCCUAUACACUCAGAUAAUAACUUUUGCAUGAGUAUCAUAUUUAUAAUAAUGAUAAUUACUAUUAUUAUUAUUAUUAUUACUAUUGUUGUUGUUGUUGUUGUUAAAUAGAAAAUGAGAAAACUGGUAGAUCAAUUAUAAAAACAUUUUUUAAUCCUGUUACUCUGCUAAAUAUAUCUUCCAUAGAUUAAUCUACAGAAUGUGUUUAUAUAUAUUUUUUACCAAAAUCCAAAUAAUCUCAUGGCUGUGUUGUGGCCAUGAACAGGAAACACACAUUGUAUUGCACAAUAAUAGGAAGUGGUCCUCGAUAGGUGUCAUAAUUUUCAAAUAGAACUUAAAUCAAACAGAUUAUCUGUGGCAUCCUGACUGUUUCUGGUCUUUUCUGUUUAGAACUGUGUUUUCUGUUUGUAUAUAUCAUCCGAGGCUUUAAAUCAGAGCGUAUCACAGACUGUGACUCUACGGCUUCCUCUGUGGGAUACUUCCUCCAUCCUGACGUCAGCUGGAUGUGAUGUGGGAUUGUUUUUCCUCCCCAUCCCAGUCUCAGUCUGACGCAUUCAGAAGAUCAGCUCUUCAGCAGCGGCCUGAGUUCGGCUGACGGAUUCUUUCUCUCUGUAGGAUGUCCUGUGUGCUGUCCUUGGCCUCGGACGAGUUUUCUCCUGAAACUACAUGAGACGAGAAGUGGCUCAGGUUUACACAGCACCCUUCAUGAGCACCAGUCAACAUGCGGCCUGAGCCUCUCCUCCUGCAGCAGUGAUGGCAGCCCUCAGCCCUCCUGCUCCUCUCCUCUGUGUGCUGCUGUGUGUGUCUCUGGCCCUGCAGCGCUCCGACCUGCGUCUGGCUUACGUGACCCACAACAGCUUCUUCUACUACUCCUGCAGCCAGGACCCGCAGCCCUGCAGCGUCUCCUCGCUGACUGACUGCAGAUGCAAGGACAUCCAGCUCUCCACGCUGCACCACCCGCAGUCCCACUCCUCUCCUGUUUUCCGGAUGAGACGUUUGACCGUCUGGUUCACGUCGCCAUCGAACACGGCACGUCUGCUCAACAACUCGGAGGUGAGGCACCUGACUCUGAUCCACUGUGGUGCCGGGGGAUCCGGUGGGAUGUCCCCUGCUCCCCUGGAGGGACAUUUCGCUGUGCAGCAUCUGGAGAGGCUGACGGUGGUGAACCUGCAGCAGCUUCACCACCUUCCAGAUGCAAACAGAGCCACAAGCACAGACUCGAACAGUGACACAGACGGAGACAACAGUGCUUAUCUGGACUCAAAUAGAUACAACCGGGACAGAGACACGUUCCUGGACCUGAUCGCAGACAUGAGGAGAGAUUCCCUGGAUAUGUCCACACCCCAGAUCCAGGACAUCUUCCUGGGCAGGGAGCUGGGAGCAGCGUAUCAUGAACAGGCCAGACUGGGGAUCGUCCACAGCUCCGUGCUGGAGUGGGGGGCAGUGGUCAAAGCCUACACGGUCCAGACGCACAUAGACAGUGACGGUGAGCUGCCAUUCCCUGACCUCCACCUGCCCAAAUUACCAGCGGCAUCCGUCAUAUACGUCAGCUUCGUGUACUGACACCAGGCCUCUGUCUGGGAGGUGCUGCUGGGAACAACCAGCAGGAAGAAGAGAUUGUUACAGACCAGGAAUCAAGAGCUGUCCUCGUUUACAUAACAUUUUAAAAUUCUGUCCACACUUCAGAUUUACAAUUCAAAAAUGAUUAAUUUAAUCCUCUUAAAAUCGGAAGUAAAGCUGGAAAAUAUAGAAAUCUGUGCCAUAAAACUUUGUGAGAGAGAAAACAAAGUGACACCAGCUGAAACUGUUUUUCAAAUCAUCCUUUUAUUUAGUUUAAAAGUUGUUUCCUGGUAAAAUUCCCAGAACAGAAAUUGAGAUUUGUUUUUCUUCUUCCGAAAGCUUUAAUCAUAGUUUUUCCUGAGUGAGAAAUGUGCACAGCUGUUUAUCAGCAUGUAAGAACAAACCAUGUCAACUAAUGAGAGAGCCUCUGAGGGACGGGAACAGUCUGCCAGCCUCCUCCAGCUGGAGGGUCCUUUGUUUCCAAAUGAUGUUUACACUGAAUUGAUGGAACAAUCCCCAAAACAAGUGUUUACCAGUCGAGCAUUUGUCCUUUUUAUUCCCUUGUUUUUCCCUCUGCAAAGUGAGCGUCGUGUCCCCAAAACAAGACUCUGAUCCAGUUGCAGAAUUCACACUGAAUAUAAGGUCAGAGGGAUUUUUUUCUGCCUGCGGGAAUUAAAUCUUCUUAUUUGAAGAUUAAUACAAUCUGAACUGUUUAUCCUAAACCCUCCCGUAGGAGAAAUAAUGAGACUUGAUGAAUCCAAGAGAAAUUAUUCUUCAGCUUUCAUCAAGUUUGAAUUUGGUCACUGAGACAAAUGAUAUAUAUUGUGCAUGUUAUUGUGCCUCAAGUUUUCUUUUGGAUCUUAAUUCUUACUCAAGAAUCUCAUUAUUUGAGACAAAUACAGUUUAGUGGACGAACACAGGAAUAGGAGCAUUUAAGAUUUUAGAUGUGAGUUAAGAGGACGGCUAUUUCUCUUGAGCUACAUUUAAGAAAUAUGAGAAAAUAGUCUAAAUCUCAAAUUGAUCUUAUAUUGGGCUCAGUUAUGUGUAGGUACGACCCUAAAACGAUAAUAGGUAUAAAUAAUGGAUGGAUUUAUUACAAUGAGCUGAACGUUAUACUGUGAAAUACAGUAAUAACUCAAGAAUAAGAUUAGUUUCAAACAUGAGGGUAAAAGAUUCAUUUAAAAAUGUAAAACCGUCAGUGAUGCUCAGUUUUCACUCUAACACUGAUCAACAGCGAUAAACAGAGGGAAUAACUUGAAAUCCUCAGUGUGAUCAAAGAUGGAUGGAGGUCAUUUGGACAUCGGUGCAUCAUGACCCUGACCUCUGACCUUUGACCUCUGGGCCCCUGUCAUAAAUGUUUCCUCUUUAUACAAAUGUUAUUCUAAAGAAACCUGUCACUCGUGUUGCGUUUGAACAUUGAACCACACGGUGGCAGCAGAUACAUCCAAAUCAAAGCGAAUGACUCAAACUGAGGCGAAGGAGACUGAGGUAUUUUUCUGUCAUGUUUUUAAAGUGAUCUACAUUCUACAAACUUCUACAUACAUGACACUCAGCACUUUAAAAGCGUGUGAGGAAUGUGUUUUAACGACAGAGGUACAUUGUUGAGUGUGACCUGGUAUUUAUUUGUGUAAAAGAAAAUAUAUUAGUGUCAUUGGCUGCACUUGUUUUAAACAGAAAUAAAUGAUUUACUGAC